AUGCUUUGUGAUAUUCCAGAGGAGGUCCUAGAAGAACAUGUAUUGUGGAGACUUUCGGUGAAAACGCUUGUCAAACUGGGAUUUGCUUGCAAAUCCUUGAAUGCAAUCGUCACGGCUCCUAGAUUUAUUUCCAAGCAUGCCGACUGGUCAGCCAAAAACCAACCUGGUUAUUUAAUCAACCAUGGAGGAUGCGAAAUAACACGUUUAGAUAAGAGGUUUGAUUUCAUAGAGAAACUGGAUUUUCCUUUCAAACACUUCAAAUUCCAACUGGUUGGUGCAUGUCAUGGUUUGCUUUGCUUGACAAAAGAGUUCCGGCCGAAGAAGGAAAAGUUUCCCACAACAUUUAUAUGGAAUCCUUCCAUUAGGCUAGUCAAGGAAAUUCUACCUCCGGAUAUCAUCACUAGUGAUCCAUAUUACAUUACUUAUAAAAAUUGUGUUUCAGGGUUUGGUUUCGAUUGUACAACUAAUGAUUAUAAGGUUUUCCAUAUUUUGCUCGCGAAAUUUAGUAAGCAAAAUCAUGAUGUAGAUCAUGUUGUAAUCAACUUGGUUCACUCUCUUAAUGCAGAUUCAUGGAGAGUGAUAGAGAAUGAUACCAAUGCUGAUGAUGAAUCUACCUAUCCUACUAUUUGUACCGGGUGUACCACAUCUUUCAAUGGUUCUUUCUAUUGGAUACCAAGUAAGAAAUAUGAAUCUAGUCCGGAAUUGAUCAAGUGGUUUGAUUUUUGUGAUGAGAAAAUUCGGAAAACAAGGCUGCCAAGAGCUGUAGUUAAGAAUGACCAAUAUGUCGUGUGCAUUGGAUCACUCAAAAACUCACUUGUUGUGUUUGUUUCUGAUGAUGAACAAAAGAAUAAUUUUCAAUGCAGAAUCAGUGCAUGGGUGAUGAUGAAGGAAUUAGGUCAGACAACAACAUGGGUUCAUCAAUUUUCAGUGCCAAACGAUCCGCAAGUUGGAUUGCCAUUGGAUAUUGGAUUGGAUGGUGAAACUCUUUGCUGGAAGUUUCAAGAUUCCAUGGAAAAUUCCAAAUGCUUCUCCUACAGUAUCGUUGUGUACGAUGAUGUAAAGCAGAGGAAGAGUAUCAGAGAGGUAGAUACACAUAUUGUCGAAGACUCUGAUGUUGAUAAACAUAUUCGUGUUCGUGAGACCUUCACUUAUUCAGAAAGCCUACUUCUUUUAGGAUUAAGGAAAGGAGUAGGCAUCAACAGAUACUAG